AACACAGACAAUUAUUGAGCUCAUCCAGACUUUGACCCGGACAACGCAAUGGCUUCCUGAACCGAACGAUGCCGUGGUCCAUCAUCUCAUAAAUUCAGAAUCAUCAUAUCCCUUCCGAGUAUCACUCGCUGACAGCCGCGGGCAAGGCGAAGAUCAUACCGAGGCUUCCUCCACCCUCCGCCACAGCUUGCUGUCGCUGCCCGUGCUUUCAAUUCUUCUCAUCAACCAGCACCGUCCAUAACGCAAAUAUUCCUUUGGUGUUGAGGUACAUACUGACAUCGCAUCAUGGCACACGCAUCUGCGUCCACAGAUCUUUCCGUCGCAAAUCUCUUCAACUUCAAGAAUCAUGUUGUACUUGUUACAGGAGGAGCCACGGGCCUCGGAGAGAUGGCAGCUCAAGCGUUUGUCCAAAAUGGAUCUCGUGUCAUAAUUGCGAGCCGUAAAAAGAGCGAACUGGAGAAGACGUCUGCCAGACUGAACCAGCUCGGACCCGGCAAGUGCGAAUGGGUGGUGGCUGAUUUGAAGGACAAGGCCGGAUGUGAUGGACUCGUUGCGGAAGUCAAGAAGAAGACCCAUCGACUUACUGUUCUUGUGAACAACUCUGGCGCAACCUGGGGCGCUCCUUACGACGACUUCCCAGAAUCCGGCUGGGACAAGCUCAUGGCUCUGAACGUCAAAGCUAUUUUCUACACCACUGUCGGACUACACAGCCUUCUCACAAAAGAUGCCACAGCGAAAAUGCCGAGCCGCGUCAUUAAUAUCGCUUCCAUGGCUGGCAUCACUACUGUGGAUGUAACGACUGGUGACGAAGGCGGUCUUGCCGCCCCAGGAUCUGGUACUUUCAGCUACGGUCCAAGCAAAGCUGCCUGUAUUCAUCUCUCCAGAAUGCAAGCAUCUAAGCUGAUGCCUCAUCACAUCACGGUCAAUUGUGUGUGCCCGGGUGUCUUCCCAAGCAGGAUGACAGCGUAUGGAAUGCAGUCUGCCAUGGAUACCUUGGUCUCGGGGCAGCCAAGUGGCAGAGUUGGCACACCCGAGGACUUCGGCGGCCUUAUGCUGUUCUUGUCGAGUCAAGGCGCCGGUCAUAUUACCGGAAAUGUCAUUGAGAUUGAUGGCGGUAGCACAAGGAGUGGCUACAGAAGUAAGGCGAAGAACAGGCAAGAGAAGCUCUGAGCAGAAUUCGCUUGCGAACAAACUGAGCAACUACCAGUUGAAGCGUGUUUUUCUAUGGGCCUUCCGGUCGAUGAGCUAUCGCAUUGAAGGCAGCCAUAGGGAAUGCUAGAAGAGAGAUCAAGACCACGCGUGAAAGCUGUCAAAGUAAGACUUAUGUACAAACAGGCUAAACGAUAAAUGAAACGAACCAAGUGGUG